CUCCUCCUCCAGAGUCCCCGCCUGCCAGCCCGGGAGCUGUCAGCUCCGGCCCGGCUCUAUCACAAGAAGGUUGUGGAUCAUUAUGAAAAUCCUAGAAAUGUAGGGUCUCUUGACAAGACAGCUAAAAAUGUUGGAACUGGAUUGGUGGGUGCUCCGGCAUGUGGUGAUGUCAUGAAAUUGCAGAUUCAAGUGGAUGAAAAGGGGAAGAUUGUAGAUGCCAGGUUUAAAACAUUUGGCUGUGGUUCCGCGAUUGCCUCCAGCUCCUUAGCCACCGAAUGGGUGAAAGGGAAGACGGUGGAGGAAGCCUUGACCAUCAAAAACACAGACAUCGCCAAGGAGCUCUGCCUUCCGCCUGUGAAACUGCACUGCUCCAUGCUGGCAGAAGAUGCCAUCAAGGCCGCCCUGGCUGAUUUCAAACUGAAGCAAGAACCCAAGAAAGGAGAUGCAGAGAAGAAAUGAGCCCUUGGCAAAGCUCCAGCAGGUCGAGCGACUUUGCCCACCUCUGUGCAAACACUUGGAACGUUCAGAAGCUCCUCACACUGCUUCAGAGAGGCUGUGAGAUCUGCACAGUAUUUGCAUCCAUAUUGUGACUCCAGUGCGAGCAAAAUAUACUGUUUAAUUGUUCUGCA